AUUCUACGUUAGGUGAGAAGCCGCCUUUGUAUUCUUUCAGUGAGGAACCAGCCCGUAUGAAAUUAAGUUUGCUUUUGGUUACUCAAUCGGGCAGCGUUGAUGAUUUAUAUUCUCUUAUUCAAAAGGAUCCAUGUGUUCUUGAGAACGUCGACGUUAUACCUUUCAUCCACACACCUCUCCAUGAAGCUUCAUCUACCGGGAAAAUGGAUUUGGCGAUGGAACUGAUGAUUCUAAAGCCAUCUUUUGCCAAGAAACUAAACGAGAAUGGGCUUAGUCCCUUGCAUCUCGCUGUCGAGAACCACCAAGUUGAGUUAGCACAAGAGCUAAUCAAAUUUGAUCCCAGUCUUAUUCGUAUUCGUGGAAGAGGAGGUAUGACAGCAUUGCAUCUUGUGGCAAAGAAAGGUGACGUGGAUCUUCUUACAGAGUUUCUUCAAGCAUGCCCUGAGAGCAUUAGAGAUGUGAAUGUGAAAGGAGAAACUGCAUUACACAUCGCAGUCAUGAACAAAAAACAUGAAGAGCUCAAACUCAUCACAGGGUGGAUACAGAGAAGGCGCAAAAGGGAUGCUAGGUCAACUGAGAUUCAUGUCCUGGACAGACGUGACCGUGAAGGCAACACGGCGUUGCACCUAGCAGCGUACCAGAAUGAUCACAAGGCAGUAAAACAGCUGUUGAAAUGCAUGUCUUUGAACCGAAACAUCAAGAACAAUAUUGGUUUGACAGCCCUUGAUGUCUCAGGAGCCAAUGGCUCUCACAUGAACAAAGCCACGGCGAAAAUCAUAAAAAAAUCAGGGGGCAAGACUGGGGAAUCUUUGUCCAAAGCUCAGCCAAAGUCUGUGGUCUUGAGAGCACCGGUCACGUUCUGGGAAUAUUGCUCAACGGGUAUGGCACGUUAUAGGAGCCGCACGCCAGAUGGAGCACGGAACGCACUUCUGGUAAUAACAGCUCUCAUCAUCACAGCUACUUAUCAGACAGCAACUCAACCGGUAGACAAAGACAAAGAGAAAGCUGCAGAUUGGCAGAUGUCUUAUCAGACCUUUAUCUUGUCUAUUGUGUUGACAUUUAUACUUUUACCAGUUGGUAGUGCGUAUACUUGGUGGUAUAUCUUCAUUAUGGGGCCUCUCGUAUGUUCUUAUGGACUUUCGGUGUACAUGAAGUAUUCUCCCUCGAUAUUCGUCUACAUGUAUCAGAUGGUUGUAUUGGGAUUUCUCAUAUACGGACUUGUAUUCUACGUGAGGUGGAAGCGUCAUAGACAGAAGAAAGUACCAAAUCCCAAGAGUGAGCUGAUUUCCGUAAGCUUGAGGACCAUGGGAUUCAAGUUAUCACAUUUGAGCUGUGGAUCGGUGAUUCGAGGAAUGCAGAGAGGCGCUACAUAUCAGACAGCAGUACAACCGGUAGACAAGGACCAAAAAGACGAGAUAUCUCUGAUAGAUGUCUUGUCAGAGAUUGUGCUACUAUGGGGAUUCCAGACUUCAGUUGGCUUGACGUUUAUACUCUUACCAGUUGGUAGAGCAUAUACUUGCUGGUAUACUUUUCUUAUGGUGCCUCUCGUAUGUUCCUAUGGAUUUUCGGUGUGGAUGAAGUACUCUCUCGAAAUAUCCUUCUACCUGCAUCUCAUGGUUGGAUUCGGAUUUCUCAUAUACUCACUUGUAUUCUACGUGAGGUGGAAGUUUACUAAACAGCACAAAGUACCAAAUCCCAAGUGUCGGCUACUUUCCGAAAGCUUGGAGACCAUGGUUUAGCUUAUCUGCUUCAACUUUCUAGAUUUGUUUUGUAAAAUACGAUCUUAAAGAUUGUAUUGUUUGAAUAAAACUUAAAU